AUGCACAUCUGGCGGACCGCUGCAAGCAACUGGGUAAAGAGACACGCCCGUUCUAAUGCGGCACGGUGGAGGCGCCCAGAACCCGCUUCAUCAAGUGCGGCAGCCAAAACAAUAGCAAGAUUGCUCGCAGUUGGUGGCCACGGCUGCUGGUCAGAAGCAACCGCGCUUUAUGCAGAAGCACUCGCAACAAAGUCUGUGCAGAGGUACGGUGUUGUGACACCCGCGCACCGCCAUGAUUGUAUUGCACUAAUUCUCGGAGCUAUGUCAUCUUCUGUCGACGCCAGCGGCUCUGAUAUUAACAGGGGCGAGGAGUCACUCACACCCCAUUAUGGGAUGUUGGCAGAACGCUUGUCGUUAGACAUAAUUGUGCCGCAUAGUGAUGUAGGACAGGAAGAGAAGGAGGCCGCCUCUGUCGCAUGCAUAGCGGUUUUCAGGGCGCUGUUAACCUCCGGUCGCACGCAUGCUGUCCAGCGUUUUGCUCAGCAGUUGCUGCGAAGCAGAAACUCACGUGAACAUGGAUUGUGGGCGCUUCGCACAAUUAUGUUGGCAGUAACGGCAAGGGAAGAGGGAAUGUACCGUCAGCUUUUUCUGCAUAGUGGGCUGCUAAAAGAUCUUGAACAUCUCACGGGCCUUGACGCGUUCACGGUCGUGAUGUCGUCGUGCGAUGGCCACGAGAAAAAUAUUGGACCGUGUGGAGGGAGGACGGAAGGGAACCUUGGAAGAGAUGAGGUACACCGUGUUGCGGCAAGGUGGUGCGUGGACGUGGCCCUGCACAUGCACACGUGUCCUUGGAGAUUCUGCUUGACAAACGAGAAGGAGCCACGACGAGAAACGGCGUUUAACAGUGAAGUCACAAGCUAUUGCUGUGCCAAAGAGCUUCCAAUGCCGGCAUUUGCGGUGACGAUGCUGCCAUUUGAGGUGCUACGCAGCAACGCGGUCGGUGUGUUGCGCUGUUGUACUGCUGCUGGGAACGGCUCACAUGGCAACGAGGUUGUUACCUUUGAUGGUACUGCAAGUAAUGUUAGUGGCGGUCGUUCUGGUGAUUCUACCAGUUGUAGCACAACCGCUCCAUCGCUGGGACUUCCUGCACUUAAGCGUUUACAAGAUGUUGUUUCUGCUGCUAUUGAGGUUCCUCUCUCCACAUAUGAGCCUGUUGAGUGCUUAUACUUGCUACUUCAAAUAUCUCGUGACAGCACCGCCCCUGACCCCAGGCGUGUGAUGCCAUCCACGAUGAAUAUUUUGUGGUGGCGACGGCAUCUGCAGAGUUGCGUCCUUGAAUCUGUUAAAUCGGCUGUUAGGUGGAAGUCGGUGUGCGACUUUGUUGGUUUGAGCCGCUUAGUCACAGAACGUGUGCCGCAUUGUUUUCCCCUUCUGGUCGCUCACGCGGCCGAGUCCCCGGAUGCCUUGAGGACACUGUUCAACGAGGUGUCGCGGCAGGAAGGCGCUGCAGCACAUCCUGUGGACGACAUCCCACGCUCGUGUGUGAUGGGGCUCCUGCAGAUGUGUGGAGAUGAAAGAUCCGCUGCCGUUAUUGAUUGGGUGGUAGAGCAUUGUAAGGAUCAUGAGAGUAUCGCACAAUUCGUUUUGGACAGCCUUGGGCAGCACCAGAAGCUUGCGUCGGUCGUCGUGCGGCGGCUCUUUCAGCGAAGUGAGCAAAGCUCGGACGUUAUUAAUGCGCUUUCGAGACUGCUUGAAAAGGGCACUUGCAGGACGCUAUUGGCUGAUGUUUGCUCACUUGUUCCCCAAGCCCAGCAGUGGACGGUAGCGCUGCGGUUUGUAAGCGGCAUGUCGGCCCCAGAAGUUGGGCACGUCCACACCGCCUUCAUGGCGUUUGUAGGGAAUUGUGAUGAGCAGUUUGCUAUUAACAUGGCACUCCUUUGGUCCGAUGAGACCUUCACGUGGUUGAAGGCUGAUGUGAACCCACCGCCCCGGCGGGUGUACAUGGACGACAGAUGGAGCGAUGCGCUUCGUCUUGUAGCGCUGGGUGCGGAGCGGUUAACGCAGCGGCCGGAGUUGUUGGGAAAGUACAUCCGUUAUUUUUCUAAAAGGGUUGCGGUAAAUUCUCGCCUGUACAUGGAGUUGGAGGCGCUCUUAGCGUGCUCGAAGGUGGGCGGUGGUAGCGCACGUAACUGCGGCCGUUCUUCUAACUGGAAUCCCAUUGCCAGUACAGUCACUGGCGGUCCUCCCUUAGAAACUUCAUUGGUAGGAGUACGAACCGGGGUGCUUCCGAAGGGUCAGCAGUGGAUGGAGGCAUGCGCACAUGCAUCUGAGGUGGGUGUCACGCGUGGAGUACUCGAGAUCCUCGCGAAGCGUGGGAGAUGGGAAGAGGCUACCAUAGUGCUGGCGAGAGCGGAGGCGAAACGAAGAGUGGAGUGGGCCCCGCUAGUAAUACGUGCCGCACGUCUUUCCAGUCAGUGGCGGGCUGCACUUUCCGUGGCAGAGAAAAUUGCAGCCAACGGAAUGAAACUGCAUUACAGUGUAGUAGCGGAGUUACUUGCGUGCUGCUUUUCUGCCGAUGUACCCCUUGAGGUGGUUCAAUUGUGGCUGCACAGGCGUUCAGUUGGGGAAAGUACGUCCUCGCAUGUACUUUUCGGUCUGGGCCCUGGUUCGAGCUUGAGGACCGAGCAGCGUGACGCCAACGACAAACACAACGUUUUCGGUGAUGCAUCGAGAUGGCUGGGCUCGGCGCAGGCGGAGCUCUUUUUUGUCCUCCUUGAAUCGUCUUCCAGUCGAUCGUCGGAUCAUCAGUGGCGUUACGCCCUGCAAUUGCUGAAAGAGCAUGUGCUAUUAAGUGGUGGUGUUCCGUCUGCACGGGUGUUCCGUUCUACAUAUUCCAUAUUACACCGGGCAGAGCGGUGGCGGGAGUCGCUGCAACUUUUGGGUCUGCAGCGAUCUGUUUGCGGUUCCCCCACGGUUAAAUGUGUGCACCUUGUACUGAGCACCUUGCCGAGCACAGCUUGGCAGUAUGCUCUAGGAGCUCUCCAAUGUAUUCCGCCUGGAGAUUCGGGUUCCAUUCAUCGUGUAUUGCCCUUAUUGUUACCGGUGUCGUGGGAGUCUGCAUUAGGUUUAAUGAUUGAUCAUCGUGUCAUGACAAAUACAGCGAUGGAGUGUGUUGUUGGUUGCGAGGACGUGCCCUUGGUCCUACGUCUGCAGGCAUGGAGGCGUUUGUUGCCGUCGCUGCCCGUGUCCAUGAAGCACCGUGCGGCACCGAUUUAUUUACGGCUGGCAGCUGGUGUUGCUGAUGGUGAUGUUGGUGUUGAAGGGACGAAUGGUCUGGACGCGAUGUGCGUCAUUGAACGCUCGAUCCGGGGCCUACGGGGUGAUUAUAUUAAUUACGCAUCGUUUGUAUACCAUCGUGCUUUGCUGCAUCGCCACUGGUGUAAUGACAGCCUUCACCCGAGUGGCGGUGUGGCGGCCUUCCGGGCACUUAGCGGCAUUGCUGAGGUAGACCAACAGUGUGAAGUUAGUGCCGCUGCGUUGGAGCAGUUAAGCAACAUUGUUGAAAGGUUGGAACAGGUGUGUGGAACGGUUAGUGCAUCGACAGCAACACAUGGUUCCCAACACCUGGAGCGCACGGUGCCGGUUGUAAACUCCGGUGAGAUACUUCAGGGCUCAGCUCCCACGAAUGCUAGGCGUGACCCUGAAACCCACUGUUUUUCCUUUGUUUCAUCCUACUGGUUGUCCUUGUUUUAUUUGUUUCGUUACUGCCGUUGUGUAAUCUCCAGUUCUUUAUUCCCUUUUUUUUUAAAAAAAAAAGAUCAGGGCAGUGGACUACCGAUAUUUGACGUCAUGCGCCUACAUACGGUCCGCGCGCCAAUCAUCACGCGAGCCGCUAUGCGUGGCUACUCGGAGGCACGGAGCAACUAUGACGGCACCUCUCUCCCUGCGUGGCCGGCACCAGGGAAGAAACCAACUUAUCCCGCAGCACUGUCGGAGUUGAGACUGCCGCAGCCGCGCAUGCGCAAGACUCGUACCGAAUGGAUGUAUUACCACGGCCACGGCGGUUGCCCUGGAAAGUAUGGGCCGUCACGAGAAAUAGCUGACUUCGAAUAUGCGGAUGGGACUCCGGCGAGCAUUAGUGGACGCCGGUUCGCGUUUAAGCACCACCAAGACCACUUGCUCGUACAGCUAAUACGCGCUGCAGCCACUGUGGAGCGCUACGACGCGAGUGGGUUACUACCACGUAUCCCUGGUACGGCUGAGCAACGCAACUGGGACCCGGCCAUUCCGCUUUUUCUUGAUGAUGUGGAUGAGCAAGGCAGACCUGCACCGUUGCGCACUGCGGGCGACGCCCCGGGGACGAUGGUUAGUCAUGUGUGUUCCCGUGUUGUGGAUGAACGGAUGGGAACUCCCACGCAUACGCCAAAUGAACUCGCCAACCGUCACGAGGGAGAAACACUCGAGGCAAAUACAAUGUUUGCAACCAAUGAUCCGAGUGCCUUUGUGUCUGAUACGGUGAAGUUGCGUGACGACAAGCGGCCUUACUGGUCGCGGCGCCGCUGGGCCCUAACAGAUAAAUUUUUGGUGCCUAAGAGCCCCAAACCAAAGAACACCAUCAAGGACGAGUAG